GCCCGCCCGCUCCGCGUUCUCCCUCCCUCCCCGCCCGCCCCCGCCGGUGCCUGCGCUCGGCGGUACCCGCCCGCCCCGCCGUACCGCCCCGCGCUCUCCGCCGGGGCCUCCGCCGCACCGAGCCGGGCAGCUGCCGCGGGAUCUACUGUUUUGUAGACACGAGCAGGGAGCAGAUCUGUGCUGUUGAUUCACAAGCAAGGUGCAGUUUCUCAGGCCAGCCCUGAAUCCCAGCACAGCUGAAGUGACUGCAGGCACUUUAAAGAUGCGCGCAAAGACGGAGGAGGAACUGGAGAAGGACGGGCUGAGGACGUGGUCCCUCGUGCAGAGCCGUGCUGGCGCAGCUAAAAGAGAGGUCCUGUCUGCACCCGGGAAGUUGGGAUUUGCUCUGGAGAGGUUCAUCAGCAGUUAUGAACAUUUGUCAACGUUUGACAGCGAUUCCUUGGGACGUCAUGAAUCUGCUGGAAUCUAGACCGCAGGGCACUUGCAAUAGCACUUUUUAAAUUCUCAUUUUGUUUAAGUGAAAGAAAAAUAAUCAUCUGGAUCAACCACAGUGAUGGCUAGCAAAAGAAAAUCCACAACCCCCUGCAUGAUACCAGUAAAAACGCUGGUGCUUCAGGAGACCGACCUGGACACUGUAGAAGAUGGUCGUGAAGGAACACAACAAGAUGCUGCGGUGGAAGGGACAGCAACCAGUGAUGCCAGUGCCAGUAACAGUAAUAAUGGAGCUUUGUCUAAUGGGCACCGUGGUAUUUCUGAUAGUGACACUUACAUCUGCAAGUCUUGUGACUUUGGAUCUCAAGACGUUCAUCAUUUCUUUGGGCACUUGGACUCUGAGCACUUAGACUUUAGCAAAGACCCUGCGUUUGCAUGCGUUGUGUGCAACUUCCUGGCAAAUAGCCAUGAAGGGCUCUUGCACCACAAUGCAGAGUCGCAUGCUGGUGUAACGGGCUUUGUCUGGAGGGUGGCUAAGCAGGACAAUCAUACAACUGUGGAGCAAAGUCUGUGUGAGGCCACCAGCAGCCAUGACCUUCCGGGAGAGGUCCCUGAAGAAGGGGUGGAUGGCCAGUCUGAAAUUAUCAUUACCAAAACCCCCAUUAUGAAGAUAAUGAAAGGUAAACCAGAAGCCAAAAAAAUCCACAUGCUGAAGGAGAAUGUGUCAAGUCAAUUGGGCAGUGAGUCAGAGGUGAAAGAUGGAGAGCAUUCAUUCCCAAAUGGAUCUGUGCCAGUCAGCCAGCCCCCUGCAAGUUCAACAAAAUCAUCUCAUGUAGUGAAUGGCUCCAUCAUAGGAAAUGUGCCUGUUCUGCAGGCGGGUGUUGCACAACUUGUGUCGCUGCAGCAGCAACCCCCCUUGCAUCAGCAACUACCUACGUCCAAGUCGCUUCCCAAGGUGAUGAUACCGCUAAGCAGCAUUCCAACGUACAACGCCGCCAUGGACUCCAACAGCUUCCUGAAAAACUCUUUCCAUAAGUUCCCCUACCCGACAAAAGCUGAGCUCUGCUACUUGACCGUGGUGACAAAGUACCCAGAAGAGCAGCUGAAGAUCUGGUUCACUGCCCAGAGGUUGAAGCAGGGCAUCAGCUGGUCACCGGAGGAGAUCGAAGAUGCCAGGAAGAAGAUGUUCAACACCGUUAUUCAGUCUGUGCCACAACCCACCAUUACAGUUUUGAACACGCCACUCGUUGCAAAUCCCGGGAGCGUCCCGCAUCUUAUUCAGGCAACUUUACCGGGCCACGUGGUGGGGCAGCCGGAGGGGACGGGGGGGCUGCUGGUCACACAGCCCAUCAUGGCAAACGGGUUGAAGGGCACCAGCUCCUCCUUCACCUUGGCGGUGACUUCUGUCCCCAAGCCGCAGCCGGCAGCCCAGCAUGGCACAGUGAGCUCCAGCAACGCGUCGGGGGUGAAGGUGGUCAACAGUGGCCAGACGCUGCUCAGCGCCUGCCCGACCAUCUCCUCACAGACCUUCCUGGAUCCCAAUGUGUACAAAAACAAGAAGUCCCACGAGCAGCUCUCGGCCUUGAAAGGCAGCUUCUGCAGAAACCAGUUCCCUGGGCAGGCUGAAGUCGAGCGUCUGACAAAGAUCACGGGCCUUUCCACCAAGGAGAUCCGAAAAUGGUUCAGCGAUAGGAGGUACCACUACAGGAAUGUGAGAGGUGGAAGGUCCUUCCCUGGAGACAGCACUCUUGAUUCCCUGCCUGAAAUAGCCUUCGACGUCUCGCCUCGAGGAGCCGAGCUGAGCCCGGCGACGGCAGCUGUGCCGGCCCCUUCCCACCCCCCGAGGCGGCAGUCCUGGCACCAGGCACCCGACUUCACACCAACCAAGUACAAAGAGCGGGCCCCGGAGCAGCUGAAGGCUCUGGAGAGCAGUUUUGCCCAAAAUCCCCUUCCUGCAGAGGAAGAGGUGAACCGCCUUAGGGGGGAGACGAAGAUGACACGGAGGGAGAUUGAUAGCUGGUUCUCAGAGAGGAGGAAAAAGAAGGUGGCAGAAGAAAAUAAGAAAGUGGAGGAGGCGGCUCGACAGGAGGAAGAAGAGGCAGAAAAUGGUGGUGGGGAAGGGGAGGACUCCUCAGAUGAGAUGAGGGCUGGAAGCGAAAACGUCUCAGUUGAUGCCUCUGGCAACAACCUCAACUCAUUGGAGCGGAAAGUGAGUCCCAUCAAAAUCAACCUGAAGAAUCUCCGAGUGACUGAGUCCAAUGGUAAAAAUGAGUUACCGGGGGCCAGUGCAAGUGAGAAAGGGGACAGCAGCUCCAGCCGACCGCCCACCCCUCCAAAAACCAAAAUGAACUUCAAAAAAACAGCCCAGCAACGGCAUCUGCUGAAGCAAAUGUUUGUGCAGACCCAGCGGCCCACGAACCAGGAAUACGAUGCCAUUGUUUCCCAGACGGGCUUGCCACGAGCCGAGGUCAUUCGCUGGUUCGGGGACAGCCGGUACGGCUACAAGAAUGGGCAGCUGAAGUGGUAUGAGAACUACCGGCGGGGCGUUUUCCCCUCGGGGCUGGUGGAGGUCAGCCCCGCCGGCCGGGAGGUGCUGGAGGACUACUAUGAGAAGCACAAGGGUCUGCGAGAGGAGGACCUGCCCAGCCUCUGCGAGUGUUCCAACCUCAGCGCCCAGCAGCUCAAGGUGUGGUUUGCCAUGAAGGCGGAGGAGGAGAGCAGGAGCGCUGUCACUGAGGAAACCGGUGUUGGCGAGGCAGCGGGAAGCCGGAAAGGACCGUGUGAAGCUGGCUCAGAGGUGUCGGAGAGCAGCGAGUCGUGGGAGCCGGGCGGGCAGGAAGGCAGCGCUGGGACCCCCGAUGCCCCUGGCCCACCACCCACCACACGGCUCGAAACAGACUGAAUUCAAAUCACCGGCCCCAGAGGAUCCGCUCUUACCCUUGAGAAGAAAUUUUUGAUCUUUAAAAACCCAUGGGCCAGCCUGAUCCAAACGUCAGGAGCAGGACGUGGUGAUAAAGCACUGCCAUAAAAGCGACCUUUGAGCACAGCAUGUGAGAGAGCGUGCGUGCAAAAACUGGGCACUUCGUGCAGAGCUCUCGGUGGCCCAGCCGAGGAGAUGGCUGAGAGCUGGCAGAGGCAGAGGCUCAGCUCACACCCAGGAAUUAGGAUGCUCUUGUUUGCUUUCCAGUGGACAGACUUUCAGAUUUCAUAUUCGUGUACCAAUGCCUACAGCUGCCUAUACAAGCAUAAGGAAUCUCAGACAUUGUGUAAACAAGGUCAUUGCUUAGAUAUGGACUAUCAUGGCACAGUACUCUUGUUUUUGGUUUGUUGUUUUGUUUUUUUUUUUUCCAUCUGUCCGUUAAGGUGUUUGUUCUCUAAAGGUUGGCGUGGCUGCAGAUAUCCUCUUUGCCCUUUCUGGUCCUUAAGCCCUGGCAAUGAAGGGCUUUGUGGGCACACAAGUGUGUAUAGGUGUGUUAGGAAAGGUAUCUCAGAAGAAAAUGCCAGUCUUGCAUUAAAGUCCAGCGGCAGCUGAGUUUUUCAUCCCUACGGAUGCAGUUUAGCAUGGCAUACUCUUCAAUAAGGAGCAGGUUUGGAGACCCAGGUAGCCCAGGAGAUGGAAUUCGGUGUACCUUGCUGGUUAGAAUAUUUUCGCCGGUGCUCCUGGAGACUGACUAGCAGGCUAUUAAAUCUCCAAGUCUCCUUUUAAUCACGGAGAACUAGCACAUAAUAAUUUUUCCAUCCUGACCUGGAAUCUUUUUCAUUGUUCGGAGAGAACAAGCUGUUCUUCAGAGGACAAACGCAGAGAAUACGCAGCGUUGCUGUGAGUGGUUCAAGUCAUUGUUGUCUCUAAGGGAUCCAUGAGGCAACAGUUCUUCUGCAGUCGGGAAGUUUCCCUCUUGCAGCCCUACAUGACUGAUCCUUCAGCAGCGCUGGGAGCUUCAAGUGUUUGCUCCAGUCUUUAUUAUUAAUUUUUUUUUUUUCCCCUGUUCAUUUGCAAUAGUUCUGGCAAAAGAGUAAAAUAAAUUUCCCGGUUAACCUUCCUGCUUCCCGGUACCUGUACAUUUUUGAUGUGCCCGUGUUGUCUUGGGUGGUUGCUGUGUGAUGCAACUAGUUGAAGAUAUUUUUUUUUAAUAUUCUUUUCUAAGAGAAAACAAGGUCUAGAAGGGAAACUCUUGAGCUGAGUAGUCCAGCCAAAUGCUGUGUAAGACCAUUCUGUCACAAACUAAUCAAAUCCCAGCUCAAAAUUGGUUCAAGGUCUUGCGUUCACUUUUGCUCUUGGAAGCCUAUUCGAGAACUUCACUGCCUUUGGAUGGUUAGAAACUUUAUUUAAAUUUCUAGUUUGAAUUAAUUCGUGGCCAGUUCAUUCCUGGUUUGUUUUGGAGCCAACAUUGUCCUUUAACUUAAAUAGUUUUUGGUGUUUAUCCGCUGAUGUAUUUAUGGAGAGUAGUCAUAGCUCCUUAUUUUUGCCAAGCUAACUCAGCCAAGCUUUUUCAGUAGAAGGUUUUUAUUUAGUGAGAGCUUUUUAAUGUGGGUGACUUUAUUGUUGGUGGUAAGUGAUAUUUAUUAGAAGGGUGGGUAGCAAGCCCCAAAGGAUCCGAUCCAGUGAUUUACAAAAAAAUCUGGUUGAAAAACAAAAAAGCUCUUUCAGAACCUCUUCCAAAGAUGGUGUCUGAUUUCUACCUUUAAUUGCCUUGGCUUUUCCAAUUCUUUCUUCAUCCCUUCUUUAAGAGGCUGCCUUGCUCCGCUGCUAGGAGGGGCGUUAUCUGCUUUGCAAGAGAGGAGGCUUCUUCUCGCCUGGCGGUCCAUGUCUACGUGGUAGGUGCCUGCACCUGAGCUCACGUAGCUCCUCUGGCACGUGGUGUAACUCCUGCAGCCACACGUGAGCGACUGCUUCAGGAGGUGACCUGCACCCUGAAGAGAGCUGAGGCGACGUGCUUAGAUGCAGACACCUGCGCUGCAGCCAUCCCUUAGCUGUCAGGCAAACCCUCCCCAAAACGCUUGCGAGCAAGAGCGGGAUCUACCCAGAGAGCACCCUGCUCACACCACGCUCCCGAAAUUUCUUUCUGUUUAGAAGCACUGUUGCCAGUCACGCCGUGGCUGGAGGCACAACUGGCAGCCGUCCCACCUCGGCUUCGUGGUGGCUCAGCCGGGCAGCAUCCCUGGGGCUCUCCUCCAGGAGAGCAGGGGCGGCCGCGCUGCGAAGACAGCCAGAGCCCCAGAAAUUCACCCUCACAGGUGCGAUCCUGCACGCCCCAAAAUGUCCCAGGUGAUGGGAGAAUCUGGCUGGUCCUAUGGCAGAUCUGGGAGUUGUGCGGCCCCUGAGUAUGAGUGUAUGUGCGGUGUCACCUUCAGAGAACAAAUACAGGUAGGUCAUUUACUCUCUAGUGUCUAUGUACGUGCAGGUUUAUUUAAGUACAUAUAUAUACAGUUCAGAUAUGCCAUUGAUUCUUUAUUGCAUUAAGAGGUACAUUAAAAAUGUACACUUUUACUAACUACUUGCUAUAUAAAUAUGUUGGAAGUGGAGUUUGCCCGUUCUGUGGGAUUUUUGGUGUACACUUAAAGGCCUGUGGCUAAUUGGAAGAGUGAUCCCCGCUCCAUCUACAGAAAUGCUUAAGGACUAUGGUAUGAACUGGUCCCUUUGAACCAUUUUUCCAUGCACUAGCUGAAACUUUUUGCAUUUGGAUUGUAUUCGGCCAGUUUUCCAGAAAAUUGAAAAGAGAAGUCUUGUGAGCUGGAGGGAGAAUUUCCCGGUGUACACAGAAAAAACAGCCUUGAGGGUUGGAAGCUGCUGAGUUUUUUUGAGCUUUGUCUCCAUGCAUUCAUACAAGCACAGCAGGAGUUUUCUUUCUUUUUGGGUCAGAGGAAUUUUAAAAACUGGUUCCAUGCAGACUCCCCUCGGACGCGGCGACCGGGCUGGCAAACCCCAUUGCGUGGGGAGGGUAAGAUUUAGAGACAAAAAAACUCAAAAAAAGUAAUCGAGUUCCCUUUCGAACUCCCACAUUCCUUGUUAUCUCCAUUUUUUAGUUGACUUGAAAUCUCCAUGAAAGCAUACGCUGAAGAUUUUUGAGGGUUUAUCUCUGUGGUCCUGUUUCUCGCUUGCAUGUGUUUGAAGCUGAGGAGAAGCAGGUGCGGUCUCCAAGUAGACUCAGGUUUUAGUGCAGGACAUACAAAUGUUUGCAUCUGAAACCAAAAGGAAUAACAGAGGUGGCUUGACAGCCCCAGCAGCAGCUCUUCUGGUGUUAAGAGGAAGCGUCACCACAAUUCUACAUGGCGUGUGAAUAUUUAUCAUCGUCUAAUCAAAGAUGACUAUCUUGACUUGAAAGGAGUGUAAGAUAGAGGUCAUAUAGGCAGUAAGGAAGGGAAAUCAAAUUGUUCACCUCCAUAUGCUGUGUGUGAGCUUGGGUUUGACAGGCACAGUAGCAUAACCAUUUGUAAUCCAUGUGAAUCUUAUCUCUCUGAGGCUGCUUAGAUUAAGGGCACAAUUCAGUUGUUUAAUAACCCGAAACCCUGAUUCGUGCCGUACCUGGCUCGCUCAUGUAACGGGCUGCUGGUAUUCCUGAGGCGACAAACAGAGUUAGUUUAUUUGUUCCUGUCAGCAGCCCCUGCUGUGAGAUUUCUAGACGUGACUAAGUCUCAUUUGGGUAGCUUAUUUUCCAGCUCCUUAAUUAGCAUCCUGGAAAUCAUUCUUUUUUUUUUUUUUAGCAGAACACUAAACAAGCCGUGAUUUACAGAAUCCUAUUUCCACUUGCCUGAGAGCUGAAUGCUGCUGCACAUCAAGCCGGCAGCCACGGCAAGAGGAACGGGCGCAAGUUCUUGCUUCAGUGCAAGGCAUGGGCAUCAGCGUACACCCGCAGGGCUCCAGCUGCAGGUAUUGAGUGUGGCUGCACAUCCCCUGUCUGCCCAGUUAGCUUUUCCAGGGUGUCGCCUAUCCAGGAGGAAAAGGAGGAUGUAGAAGGCUGGUUUUCUAUUUUUUUUUUUCCUAUUUUUUAAUGAAAAGCAAUGAUUUUUGGUCACAGGUAGAAGCGUUGGAUGCUGUUUUCCUUGCAGCCCCUGUAUUAGAAACAUUACAGAGGCAACCUGAUUGGAAGGUGAUGUUUGGAAGCUGAGCCAAUGGGAAUCGGAAGAUGAUUUUCAGUUCUUAGGCACAAAUUAGAAAGUUAAUGUGAUGCUGCACCUUCCUGUCAAGUUGUAGUAUUUAAAAUGCACGUGAACUUGUCUCUCCUAUUGCCCAGAUAAUAUUGGCUUCGCUCUUUUCAAAUCAGUGGCCUGAUGUGAUCCGGCUCAACCUGGUAACCUCAGUUGUAAUUUCUCAGUUGAUCACCAAACCAGGAGGGUAAGAUUAGGCAACACUACGAAUGGAGGGGGGAUGAGACGCUUGCAAGCUGUACCUUUUCCUUUUUUGCAAGUUUAGUUUCUGCUCUGUGUUUUUACUGGCAGUGUUCCCUGCCAGGAAUGCUGGAUUGGCAUCACCAAACUUUAAAGCAGAGCGAGGGAGCUCUGUUACCUAAGCAGUGAUUGUUUUGUUUCAUUUUCUUGUUAUUGCCUGUUCCAGUCAAGAGUUGACAUUGGCUGUAUUUUGAUGGCACGGUUAACGCAAAUUUUCCCCUGUACUGAUGGAGGGUGAUAUUAGGAAGGCUCUUGCUUACUGGUGCUAGUGAAGGUUGGGCUAGGAAUCCAUGGCAUAGAAAACUUCUUGCUAAAAUUGCACUUUCUCUCUGCCUCAUCUGGCUUGUGGUGGUGUUAUGGGUACGUGGCUGUGAUUCCCCUUGCACAUACUAACAUUGCACUAAAAGAGAGACUUUGGGAACAGCGUGUUGAUCACUUUGUUUCUCAGCAGACCACAAAGUCAGCUUAAUGGGGUCUCUGUUUGUUGUUUUGUUUUUGGUUUUGUUUUUUUUUUUAAUUAUUAUUAUUAUUUAGAAAUCAUGCUGGUGCUGAAUGACCUGGAAUUUUUGCUUGGAUUUAUCCAAAGGAAAAUGUAAUUGUGGCUGCAAUGGAACCUUUCAUAAGGGUGGCCGUGCAGCUAGGGAGCAGAGCAAAGGCUCUGCUGCGUAAACAGUCUUUGUACCGGGGAGGUGUGGGGGGUUCCGGUGGGGUUAUUAUUGUGUUUUUUUUUAAGACCACAAUUUUAGAUGGUCACCUUGGCAAUCGUGUGAGGCAGGAAAUAGUUUUUACUUUUGGUAAAGGUUUUAAAGAGAAAAAAAAAGUGAAGCUGCCUGUGAUUGUGGGCUGUGGCUAUUACUAGGGCUAGGGUAGCUUGUACCUGCUAUGGACUUUACCUGCUCUUAUUCUGAGGGCAAGAACUCCCUGUAGCAACAAUGCCACUUCUGAGAAGUGAAUGGCAAGUUUCCCUUCCUUUUGUAUAUGUGGAUGUGAGGGUGGGCGAGGGGAAGAGCUUGCUUGUACAGUUUGUUGAAAUGAAACCAGACAUUUUUGGUUGUUCCUAAAUAAAGAGCGUAAAAGAUGAACGCGAGUCGACUGGUGACUGCACUGGCGUUUGGGGAAGCCCUCAGGGCGUGGGGUGCUGGAGUGCUCAGGGGAUGCAAAUGCCGGGUGAUGGGGAGAGCUGCCUGUUGCACAGGGGGUCUUUGCUUGUCCGGGAGUGGCAAAUGUUGUCACAACCCUCACAUUCAUUUUAAAAGCAUAACAACUUAGCCGUGGGAGUAUGACCAUGAGUGAGUGACCCCACAGCACACUGGAGCCCAGAUACCUCCAUUCUAGGAGCCAUUCUGCAGCCUGGAGUAACCGCUUGUUCCCAGCC